AUGGCGGACGACGAGGAUGACCUCGCUGCCGCGAUGGCGAUGUCCCUGGGGCAGUCCAGCGCGGCGCCGGCGCCGCCAGCACCCCAGAGCGCCGCGCAGGCGGCAGCGGCGGCUCUCCGAGCGAACCCCUCGGGGGCGCUGGCGGAGGCGGACUCGGUGGGGGUGGUCGCGAAGCUGUUGGGGAACCUGGCCAGGUCGCCCGGCGAGGAGAAGUUCAGGCGCGUGCGCGUCGGCAACUCGAAGAUCAGCAAAGCCCUCGGCUGCGACGGGGCCCGCGAGCUGCUGGCGGCCGCGGGCUUCGCGGAGGCCGGUGACGCGCUCGAGGUGCCGGCGCAGGUGCCCGCCGCGGAGGUUGCGGCAGCAGCACGGGAGGCUCUCGAAGCGCUCGCGUCUGUGGGGCUGGGGCCCUUCCUGCUGGCCGCGCAGCUGCGGGCCGACAGCGCCGUGCGGUGCGUGUGCGCGCUGCCCCAGGGUGGACUGGCCACAGGCGCCAUGGACAACUUGGUCCGCGUCUACAGCCAAGGGUUUGAGAGUGAGCCUCGUCUGCUGAGCGGACACCAGCGACGCGCUGGGGUGGACGGAGUGCUGGCGGUGGCUGCCAUGGGGCCCGAGAGUAUCGCGUCGGCAGGCCGCGACGGCAAGAUCCUACUUUGGCGCAAUGGCGCCGUGGAGUCCACCUUGGAGGGGCAUGGAGAGGGCGUGCAGGGCACGAACGUACACGUUGUCUGCUGCCUGGCGCGGCGCGACGACGGCUCCCUCUUCUCCGGUGGGUGGGACAAGACGGUUCGCGCAUGGCAUGGAGGGGCCCAGUCAGGGGUGCUGCAGGGGCACGAGGUGGCGGUCAACGCCGUCGCCAUCCUGCCAGGCGGCGACAUCGCGAGCGGCAGCGGCGACCAGACAAUAGGCAUUUGGCGCGGCGGCGCAAGGCUUCGGUCCGUGGGGGCGGGAGCGCCCGUGAGGGCGCUCUGCGCCUGCGGCGACUCGGGCCUCCUGGCCUCCGCCACCAACGACGGCUUCGCCCGUGUCUGGGACCCGGCCUCUGGUAAACAGCUAGCGGAGAUGAGGGUCGCCAACACCUACUUGCUCUCCAUUGGCUUCUGCGCCAGCAGCGGGGAGCUCGCGGCCGGCGCGGACGACGGGACGCUGGCGGUGAUGGCACUCGCUGGCGACGGUGGCCUAAGGCUGGUCGAGCGGAUCCAGCUCUGCGGUGAGGUGUACGGCCUGGCCUUCCUGGAGUCUGGCGACCUACAGCGGCCGCCGGGGACGCGGGCUGCACGGUGUGGACGCGGAGCCCCCUGCGGGCAGCCGCGGCGCCGGCGCGGGAGGAGCACGCCGCCCGGGCGCGGGCGCUGCAGGCGCACCGACGUCACCUUGGGGGGGCGGAAGAUGGCGCUGCAGUGGAACCGGGGCGAGGAGCCGCAGGCGGUGGCCAGGAGGUUCGUGGAGGCGAACGGGCUGGACCCCGCCCAUGCCGGCGACGUGACCGCCUUCGUGCUGCAGCAGCAUCAGGCCAUGGCAGGGCCCGGGGCAGGCGCAGCCCACGGGGGGUCCUACGACUUCAGCUACCCCGUGGAGGUGGCCGACGGCCGGAGACUGAAGAUCAGCUGGAACCGGGGAGACGAUCCCCAGCAGGUGGCCGUGGCCUUUGCCAGGCAGCACGGCGGCAUCGCAGCCGACGAGCUGCCCGCGAUCGCCCAGUUCCUCCAGCAGGUCUCCGGCGGGCCAGCGGCCCCCACCUUCGUCCAGCAGGCGCCCGCUGCAGCGCCGGAGCCGCCGGAGGCCCAGAAGCAGCAGGCGCUGGCACAGGUGACGGCGAUGGGCUUCUCCGAGGCGCAGGCGCGGGCGGCCCUGCAGGCCUCGGGCUGGUCGCUGGAGCUCGCCGUGCAGGCGCUCCUGGGCUGA